GUAAGGUAUACAAAGGGGAGAUCGACGGAGGAAGCACAAAGGUAGCGAUAAAGAGAUCGAAUCCAUCAUCUCAACAAGGAAUUCACGAGUUCCAAACAGAAAUUGAUUUGCUUUCCAAGCUUAGACACAGGCACUUGGUGUCUCUGAUCGGGGCAUGCGGGGAAUGCGAUGAGAUGAUAUUGGUGUAUGAUUACAUGGCGAAUGGGACCUUAAGAGAACACUUGUACAAACACAAUAAUCCUCCAUUGUCAUGGAAACAGAGACUGGAGAUAUGCAUUGGUGCUGCCAGAGGACUCCACUACCUUCACACCGGUGCAAGGUAUACCAUCAUCCACAGGGAUGUGAAGACUACAAACAUCCUCUUGGAUGAUAGGUGGGUGGCUAAGGUGUCAGAUUUCGGGCUUUCGAAAACCGGCCCUGCCCUGAACCAAACACACGUCAGCACAAUGGUAAAGGGAAGCUUUGGAUACCUGGAUCCCGAGUACUUCAGGAGACAGAAACUGACCGAUAAAUCUGAUGUGUACUCAUUCGGAGUGGUCUUGUUUGAAGUAUUAUGCGCAAGGGCAGCCCUUGACACCGGGCUACCCAAAGAGCAGGUUAGUCUAGCAGAAUGGGCCAUACAAUGCCAUCGGUGGGGCAAAAUCGAUAGCCUAGUUGAUCCACAUAUCAGAGGGGAGAUAACACCGGACUGUCUAAAGAACUUUGUGGGGACGGCAUUGAAUUGCCUGUCCGAUCAGGGAAUCCACCGGCCAACUAUGGGCGCUGUUUUGUGGAACCUCGAACUCUCGCUGCAGUUGCAGACUAACCCGGAUUGUCCAAAAGUGUUGGCAGAACAGAAAGCCAAAGAUGCUUACGUCAUGCAUGCAGGGUUGUUGAGCAUCGAAGAGGAGAACAGGGGAGUAAAUGAUGAGGACGAGUCACCAGAUGCAAUAUUCUCACAGAUUGUGAACCCACAAGGGAGAUAGCUACUGCUGGAGUGCGGGUAAUAUUAUUUUGCCGAUGCUAUCAAUGUGUUUUUCAAGUUGGAAUUGUUGCUUCUCGGUAAAAGAAUGGACUUUGUCUCGUGUAUAUUGGUUGGAAAUUCUUCUAUUCUUCUAUUAAAAAAAUAGAACUAGAGGAAGACUCAAGCUCACUCAACUACAAAACACGUCCAUUUGUGCAAUGAAACAGAUCUAUUUAUAGCCUAAAAGUAUAGAGCAGAGAAUGCACAAUUCACCAUCCAAAGAACCGUGCUCAAAUAUGCUUGCUCGACAUUCAUGACUUCUUUGUCAAAAAGGAGGCUGGAUUAUUUGCCACCGCGGUCCUCGGAUCCCUAUUCCAGGAAGUGCAGAGAAGAGUUAAAUUGUGAGAUGCGUAGCAGAGAUAAGUAGCUAGGCGUGAAGCAGGCCAGUAAGAGGCUUCCUAGUUAAGCUAGCUACUUGUUAUUCAUUACUUAUUAUUCUAUUAUUACGUACAUAUUAUACAUUACCCAAUUUUGUAUAGGUUAUGAUGGAUAAGUCAAAGAUUAAUUAGCUGAAGAAUGAUAAGAGUUACGUGUGACACGUACAGAGAAUCAACUUAUGUCAUUCUUGAAACAGAACCAGUAUAAACAAGCAAGAACUAGAAUCCUUUUAAAUAAUACGGAGUAAGUUUUAAACGAA